UAUGUCGAGUAUCCAUUAAUUAUGUGGCUUUGACAGCAGAAGGCCUCUUUCACUAUUUUCUGGUUACCACUUAACAGAACAGAAUUAGGAUGCCAUUAUCCGGCGCCAAAAUGGCGACUACAAUCCAUUCUUACCCACUACCGAAUGUUGGGAAAUACCCAUUUUUUGAAAUCAAAGAUUGCUACAAAAAUGGAGUUUUAAGAUCAAGUAGUAAAAAUGGAACUAAUAAAUUGAAGCUAAAAGGAAGGAAUGAGCAUAUCAGAUUUGUCACUUAUGCUUCUAAUGUCUCACUUUCUGAUACUUCAUUUCCAACAGAUUACUCUGAACUUCUUUCUCAGGCAAAAGAAGCAACUGAAUUGGCAAUGAAGGAUAAUAUACAGCUUAUGGAGAUUGAGUUCCCAACUUCCGGAUUACAGUCAGUGCCAGGUGAUGGUGAAGGUGGUAUCGAGAUGACUGAAAGCAUGCAGUUGAUUCGUGAGUUUUGUGACAGCCUUGUCCCUCCAGAAAAAGUUACUCGGACCAGGAUAUUUUUCCCUGAAGCAAAUGAAGUGAAGUUUGCAAGAGAGUCCACUUUUGGAGGAGUUUCAUUCAAAUUAGAUUACCUGACUAAGCCAUCCUUUUUUGAGGAUUUUGGCUUUAGCACAAAAGUCAAAAUGGCCGACCGUGUGCGACCUGAAGAUGAGCUUUUCCUUGUUGGAUACCCAUAUUUCAAUGUUCAAGAGAUGCUUGUUGUGGAAGAACUUUAUAAGGAGGCUGUUGUCAACACUUCUAGGAAAUUGAUUGUUUUCAAUGGAGAAUUGGAUCGAAUAAGAUCGGGAUACUACCCUAAAUUCUUCUACCCAAAGUUGGCAGAACUUACCAAAACACUGUUCCCGAAAAUGGAGACCGUUUAUUACAUCCAUAAUUUCAAAGGACGGAAUGGUGGUACUCUUUUCAGACGUUAUCCUGGUCCAUGGCAGGUUCUUAGAAGGGCGGGAAAGAUGGGUGACAAGUACAUUUGUGUACACGAACGAGAAACUAUGCCAUCACUGAAGGAAGUUGCCUUGGACAUACUGCAAUCGGCUUGAUCUUCCAUCUUUCUGCGCGUCCAAGUCUUCCGUAUAUUGGUCUUCUGGUAAUUAAGAUUCAGGUAUACUCUAUAUGUUAUGUAUUUUAAAGACUACUCCAAACUGAAUUGGUUGUUGUAAGCUGUUCAGCAGUUUUCUUGGACAUGUAAGUUCAAGCUGCUGUUUUCAAGUGUGCAACUUUUGAAGGACUUAAGAUGUGAUUAGAGGAAUUUCGAGAAACGAUCUCUGAGCAUCUGAUGCAACAUCACUUGCAUAUAAUGAUCAUAUGAAUUAUCAAUAGUAGAAUGACAUACUCUUGAUGUGUGAUGAUUACGUUGUAAAUCAGGCAUGAACUAGACCGAACAAAUAUAUUACUACGUCGAAUUCGUCGGACCGAACGGAGAUAUUAAAACGUGAAUUCCACAA